AUGAGCAAGAAACAACAUUGUAGAAUAAAAAUAUAUUAUACUUCCUUAACUGGAUAGAGCAAUAAGAUAAAGUCGAAUUAAACUAAAGCGUUUUUGAUCUUGGAUUAGAAAUAGUGGUCAUUGUAAAAAAUAGAUGUUGCCUAUGAUAAAAAAAGUGUUUAAUUUGUUUAGGCUUUCAAGGAAUAUGGAUAUGAAUUGCCUUUGAUUUUUAUUGAUGAUAUGUACAUUGGAGAUGGGGAUAAAUUGCAGGAGUUAGAGGAUAAUUAAUUUUUAGAUGAAAUAUAUGAUUAAUAAUAUCUUGAAAGAUGUUUAUUAUGCAAUAUGGAUAGGAAGAGUGAAGAUUAAAAGCAGUGUAGCGAUUGUAAAUAAAAUUUGUUAUUUUUUCGAGUGAUUUGA